AUGGAUCUGUUUGUCCGUGAUGCCUCAGCCGCUGACAUGUCAGAGGCGGCGGUUUUCAAACUCUAUCACUAUGAUCCGACUGUAGCCGGCGCCGUUGUUUUCGUUUUCGUCUUUCUGGCAACCACUAUCCUUCAUUUCUGGCAGCUUAUACGAUCGCGUUGUUGGUUUUUGAUUCCCCUCGCAGUUGGAGGCGUUUUGCAAGUAAUUGGUUAUGCAGCCAGAGCCAAGUCUGGCCAGGAGAGUCCAAAUUGGUCCCUUGGUCCUUACAUCAUUCAGUCGAUUCUUCUCCUCGUAGCUCCUGCUCUGUAUGCAGCAACAGUAUACAUGGAGCUUGGCAGAAUCAUUACUGUCCUUGAUGGAGAAGGACAUUGCCUCGUUCGCAAAGAGUGGCUCACCAAGCUAUUCGUCGCGGGUGACGUGUUAUCCUUUUUCCUCCAAGCCGGAGGUGGCGGAUACCAAGCCUCGGGAACUCUCGAUGCCCUCAAGGCCGGCGCGAAGGUCAUCAUCGCAGGGCUCUUUGUCCAACUCAUCUGCUUUGGCUUCUUCGUUGUGGUUGCUGUAGCUUUCCAUCGCGCCAUUAUCAACGUGCCGACUGGGCGCUCUAACAGCAGCAUCCCGUGGAGGAAGCAUAUGAAUGCUUUGUACGUGGGAAGCUUCCUCAUCAUGGUCCGUUCCGUCUUUCGUGCGGCCGAGUAUCUUCAGGGAUUCGAUGGUUAUCUGCUCAAGCACGAGGGAUAUCUCUACAUAUUCGACGCGCUGUUGAUGUUCCUCGUCAUGGUGUUGUUUAACUGGAUUCAUCCAGCUGAGAUUGGCGCCAUCCUGGCUGGAGGAGGAGGUGGCCAGCAUUGGAAGAUGGAUAGUUUGCCUCAGCAUCACCAUCACCAGCGCCUUUAA